AUGUCUGCUACCCUUCUGCGAACAGUUCCCGCUCUGCGGGGAGCUCUCCGAGCUGGAGCUAUGAAGCCUGCAGCCGCUCUCGCAAGCACUAGCUUCAUCCGAGGGAAAGCCACGCUCCCCGACCUGCCGUACGACUAUGCCGCCCUCGAACCCUACAUCUCCGGCAAGAUCAUGGAGCUCCACCACAGCAAGCACCACCAGACCUAUGUCAAUGGCCUGAACAGCGCCCUUGAGUCGAUUGAAACGGCCGAGGGCAAGGGUGACUUCACCCAAGCCGCCUCGGUCGCUCCCCUGCUCAACUUCCACGGCGGUGGCCAUCUGAACCACUCGCUCUUCUGGGAGAACCUCGCCCCCGCGAGCAGGGACGGCGGCGGUGAGCCCGCGGGCGAGCUGAAGAAAGCUAUCGAGAGGGAUUUCGGCUCGCUGGAGACCUUCAGGAAGAAGACGAACACUGCCCUGGCCGGCAUCCAGGGCAGCGGCUGGGCGUGGCUGGUCAAGGACAAGCAGAGCGGCACCCUGGGUCUGGUCACCCGCGCGAACCAGGACCCCGUCACCGGCACACUCGAGCCGCUGCUGGGGAUCGACGCUUGGGAGCACGCCUACUAUCUCCAGUACGAGAACCGCAAGGCCGAGUACUUUGAUGCUAUCUGGAAUGUCAUCAACUGGAAGACGGUGGCCUCCAGAUUCGAGAAGUCCUAG